AUGGCCGCUGCAAAGGCGAUCCUGUCGAUGAGAAGGUGGACCUUCAUCGAGUUCGGUUCUGAACAGAUCAUCACAUUUGUCGCGAUGGCGACGCAGGAUGACUUGAAUGCCAAUGCGGAGUUCAUUCGCAUGGCGGACUCAUUCAUUGAGGUUCCUUCGGGCAAGAACGUGAACAACUAUGCCAAUGUGGACCUGAUUUGUCGCAUUGCGCAAGAGCAACAGGUGGACGCUGUGUGGACUGAAAAGCUUUGCAAGCUUUCACCACCAGCCCCAACCCGCAAUGCCAGCUGCCUCGGUUUGCCAUGGGCCGCUGGAUUGCGACGCCUGGGACGCCGACGCCGGAUGGCCCGUGCCGUCCGGCGGCGUUGUCUCGCGCUGCUUGGGUCAGCGCUGGCAGCGCUGCCAUGGCCUUCAGCCUGGAGUGGAGCUACACCAGCUGAGGUGGUGGCUCAGGUGGAGGCUGCUUGCCGCAGCUGGGGUGCUCCCUUGUCGCCGUUGGGUCUUCGCAAACUACAGGAAGGCCUGGCCCGCAGCAGCGCCGUCCUUUCCCCUCCGACCAUCGCCUGGCGCUUGGCGCAGCUGCGCUUCUUCGCAGCAGGGGAGCAGUGCUGGCCCCAGGUCACCGAGAUGUGCGCGCGGCGUCCAGAGGUUUUCAUGGAUGCUUCCGUGAAGAAGAUUUGGGAAGAGGAUGGGUUGCUGGCAAUUCAUAAGCCAUGGGGCAUGAGGGUUUACCUCCCCCGAAACGAUGCAGGUGAUCGCUACAGGACAUGGCCUGGAGAGCUGACAGUUCAUGAUUGGCUGAAGGAGAUGUUCCCAAACCAAAGGACCUACAUGUGCAAUCGCUUGGACUUUGCCACCAGUGGAUUAAUGUUGGUGGCGCUGAAUCAGCAGGCAGCCAAGCAUGCCAGCGCCCUCUUUCGAAAACGUGAGGUGCACAAGUUCUACCAGGCCUUGGUUUUGGGUCAUCCCCCAGUCAACUGGGAUGGGAACGGCAACCGGCUCUGUGACCGCCUGCGGGACGUGCCUGGACGCUUCGCGCGCAGCGUGGCUGGGGCGGAGGGGCAGGCGGCAGAGACCACGGUGAAGGUGUUGCAGAGGGGUCAAUGGCCCAAGGAUCCGCCAUAUCAGGGAGGCUGCUCUGAAGGCAGCGUUGAGACCAAGUUGAGACGCCUGGAAGCUUCGCUGGUGCAAGUGGAGCCAAAGACAGGCCGCAGGCACCAGAUCCGCGUGCACCUGGCAUCUUCAGGCCAUCCCAUCCUGGGAGAUGAUGCCUAUGGUGGUCAGCCCUGGGGCAAGCGUUGGACGUGCCACCGGAUGUUCCUGCACUCCUGGCGUUUACGCUUGCCCUGGAUGGAGAAGAUUCACCUCUUGGAAGCUCCCAUUGCAUGGCAAGCUUCGCUGAAAAAUGAGCAGAGACCCAGUGAGCCGUGUGUUCGGAUCAUGUUCGAUCCCAGGCACGCGAGUGAGAAUCCCAAGCUGCCAGCCAAGUUGAAGGAACUGGGCAUCACCUUCAUUGGGCCUCCUUCCGGUGUGAUGGCUGCGUUGGGUGACAAGAUUGCUGCCAACAUUCUGGCGCAAACGGCCAAGGUGCCGAGUAUCCCAUGGAGCGGGGACGGCCUCACCUGUGAACUCACAGCCGAAGGUGAGGUCUUCCAGAAAGCCAUGGUGAAGACGGUGGAAGAUGCCUUGGAGCGAGCUGGAAAGAUCGGCUUCCCCAUCAUGGUGAAGGCGUCUGAGGGUGGCGGCGGCAAAGGUAUCCGCAAAGCCACCAACAUGGAGGAGUUGAAGCUGGCUUUCACCAACGUGCAAACCGAGGUGCCUGGCUCUCCAAUUUUCUUGAUGCGCAUGGUGUCAAAAGCCAGACACUUGGAGAUCCAGAUCUUGGGCGAUGAGUACGGAAACACUCUGGCCCUGAACGGUCGCGAUUGCUCCACCCAGCGUCGCUUUCAGAAGAUCUUCGAAGAAGGUCCUCCCAUCAUCGCCAAAAAGGAAGUGCUGGGGCUCCCAUGGGACUGUGCCAUGGUGUUCGGUUUGUGGCCGUUCCAUGAGAUGGAGCGUGCUGCCAUGCGACUCACAGCACUGGUGGGAUACCGAGGGGCUGGCACCGUUGAGUACCUCUACAGUCCUGAAACCCACACUUUCUGCUUUCUGGAGCUGAACCCACGACUGCAAGUGGAGCACCCUGUGACCGAGUCCAUCACUGGCGUGAACAUGCCUGCGACGCAGCUCCAGAUUGCCAUGGGCAUCGCACUUUACAACGUGCCGGACAUCCGAAGGUUCUACGGCAUGGAUCCGACUGAAACCUCCAAGAUCGAUUUCUUCGCUGUGAACUAUCCUCCCAUCACAACUCACUGCUGCGCCUCGCGUAUCACGGCGGAGAACCCGGACGAGGGCUUCAAACCCACCAGUGGCAAGAUCAACAGCAUCAGGUUCCAGUCCUCCGGUGAUUGCUGGGGUUACUUCAGCGUGGGCUUGAAGGGAGGCAUCCACGAGUUCGCCGAUUCUCAGUUCGGCCACAUCUUCGCCAAGGGCCCCAACCGUGAGGCUGCCAGGAAGAGCUUGCGAUUUGCACUGAUGAACCUUGAUGUCUCUGGAGACAUCCGACAUCCGGUUGACUACUUGGUGGACUUGUUGGAGACGGAAGCCUACAAGGAGAACACCAUCGACACCAUGUGGCUGGAUGGGUUGAUUGCCAGCAAAGCGAUCUCUCCCAGCACCGGUAUCAUGGACGUGGUCUUCUACGCUGCAGUCUACCGGGCCUUUGACACGGCCAAAACGCGCACGCAGGAUGCCUUAACAUCGAUGCAAAAGGGUCAGUUGGUUCUGCUGGGAAAGCGUGAUACAGAUGCUUUGGUGAACUUCCCAAUUGAGAUCACCUACGACGAGAAGAAGUUCUCCUUCCAAGUGAUGAGGACGCGUCCAGACACCUUUUCCUUCACCAUCAAUGGCAAGACCUUGAAGGCCAAGGUACGGGAGCAACCUGACGGCUCCCUCUAUGUGAGCCUAGGCAACAUCAGUCAGCAGGUGAAGGGGCAGGAAGAAGCCUUGGGGCUGCGACUGAUCAUUGGUGCACAAACCAUCAUGGUGCCCACGGUCUACGAUCCAUCGGAGCUGCGUUCAGAUGUGAAUGGCAAAGUGGUACGCUACUUGCAUGAUGAGGGAACUGAGAUUGCGAAAGGUGAUGCAUAUAUCGAGCUGGAGGCCAUGAAGAUGAUCAUGGCCCUGAAGUCCCCCGAGGCUGGUAAGGUCUCCCACGCCCUUUCCGCCGGCUCCAUCGUGUCGGCCGGGGAGUUGUUGGCCAGGUUGGAGUUGAAAGAUCCUUCCAAGGUGAAGAAGAUCUUGCCCUUUGAAGGUGAGUUCACCAUUGGCGCGCCCGUGGAACAGGACAUUGAGGUGCCACGCGCUGAGCUCCUGUCCUUGUUGGAUGGCUACUGCACGGAAGCGAAGGGUCCUCUGAUUGUGGAGCGCAUGUUCGCAGGCUUCGCCAACCGGGAGGCAGCAGCAGAAACUGUCCGCGGCGUGCUAGAGAAGUACCUCUCCAACGAGCGGCCCUUUGCAGCCUCCAUCCAGAAGAAGCAGCCUUACGACAAGUUGCUCCUGGAGCUGAUUGCGGAGGGCAAGGAGUCCUUAGAGAAGGUGCUUUUCAUGAUGGUGGCUCACAACAAGCUGGCAGAGCGCAGCGAAGCGGUCAUGGCCAUCCUGCGGGAGAUGGUGGCUGCUGAGGGGUCCGGAAUGUCCUGCAUGUACGUGCCGGAUCUGGGCACUGGAGACGAAAUGGACAGCGCCGUCCAAGCGAAGAUUAUGGAACUCUCGCAGUUGCCAAGCAACUCUGGUGCUGCCGGCGACUACGGCAAUGUGCGCUACCUGGCGCAACAGCUACUGGAUGUGGUGCCCCAGGAGUCCUUCGAAGAGCGGGUGAAGGCAUUCCGAGAGCAGUUGGAAAAGUUGGAUGAGAAGACCCUGGAUUUCGCAACCUCCCAGGAGCUUCCCGGGACCAUGGACGGCAGUUUGGAAGUGGAGUUGUUGGUGGAGGCCCUCAAUGAUUCCAAUGCCAUGAUCCAGAAGAGGGCCAUGCACGCAUACCUCUACUGGAUGGCUGCUCCCAGCCGAAUUCGCAAACUGGAAAUGCUGGAGGCAAAGGCACCCGUCAGCACAUCAGCGUUGUGGACGCAGUACUUCCCAGUGGACAAGAAGCAGGAGGAACACAACCGCCACGGUCAAAUCAUCGUCAUACCUUCGGUGCAGCAACUGGACAGCGUCCUGGACCAAGCGGUGCUAGGUCCCUUGGUGAAGCUCCAAGGAGAAAAGGGAACCGUUCCGCUGAACUUUCUCCACAUCCUGGUGGGUCGCGAUGCCUUCGCCUCCGUCACGGACCGGACGCUCUUCUACAACAGCGAUGAGGAGUUGAAGAAGGCAUUGAAGCAAUGCCAGGAAGCUUUUGCGCGAAAGGCAGAAGUUCUGAAGUCUGCUGGAAUUGGCGAGAUCUGUGUCGCUCUGCCACAGCCACCACGCUAUCCCCGCUUCGGCAAGUUCGUGAUCGACCCCACCAGUGAGGAGUUCUGGUGGCCAGAUUUGAUUCGAAGCGAUUCAAACUUGGAGACCGUGUUGCGUGUUUCACGGCGCACGGAUGGCUUGAAGGUCAACUGCCAGCGCACAGUGGUUCAACUGGAUUUCGAUGGCGACAAGGACUCUGGGCGGGUGCCAUACCUUGUUGAGCUGGACGCCAGUGGCCAGGAGGUCUUGGCUCCGAAGGAUAUUCCCGAGCUGAUCGUAGCAGCAGGGCAGCAACCAGCGGAACCCUGGCAUUUGAAACAAGCACGGGAACUGCGAGAGAGAGGUUUUGAGUAUGCCAAAGAAGCAAAGCACAAGGCCUUGUUCGACCCAUCUCAGCUCAGCCGCUGGUUCCUGCCUGGCUUCCUGCGGGCCACUGGAGCCUGGCGCGCCAGCGGGGAUGUGAAGAUGCUGAAACUGAACCAGCUGCCUGGGAUUAAAGUGGAAACUACAGGAGUGAUCUCCUUCCAAUGCCUCACCUUGGAGUUUUGCAACUUGCUCGUGGAGGAGAUUCUGAAUUACCAGGCUGGUGGCUUUCCGCAGCGGCCGCCAAAUAGUAUGAACAACUAUGGCCUGGUCUUGCACGAAAUUGGUUUGAAGCCUGUCUUCUCGGCCAUGCUACAGGACUAUCUCCAGGGUAUCGCCGCGCGACUCUUCGGUCCAGAGGACAUGCGCGACAGCUCGUUGCCGGCGAAGGAUCUUGGUGGUGAGAACUGGGGCGGCGAUAGCCUUUCUGCACAUCACACCUUUGUGGUGAGAUACCAACCAGAUGAAGAUCAAUCCUUGGAUAUGCACGUGGACGAAUGUGACGUGACCUUCAACUUCGCGUUGACGCCAGCUGACAGCUUCGAGGGCAACGACUUGGUCUUCUGCGGAAUGCUGGGCUCUGUGUCGCAUCGUAAGCACCUCCACAGCUACAAGCACCAGCAGGGCCGUUGUGUGAUGCACCUGGGGAAGCGUCGCCACGGGGCCUUGCCGAUCUCCUCGGGGAGGAGGAUGAGCCUCAUCAUGUGGUGCAAGAGCCCGCUCUUUCGACAGUCAGAUGAGUACCUCUUGCGACGAUUUGCGCCGAUGAAGAAGCGGCCGCACUCACCUGAUCGCAUUUGUUUGUCUCACAGCCAUGACUCAGAUUAUGAGGAGUGGUCUGAGAGCGAGAUGAGCCGCGACAUGUGGCCCUCUUUCCCUGGCAUGUUGGAGCUGGGUACCUUGCAGCGUCUCUACAACCUGCAACGUAUCCACAAAGAGGUGCGACCCACUUCGCAGAUCUACCUGGCAACUCAGCCCAUGGUGUCUGGCAAGGCGCCUGCUCCAGAGCUGCUGAUGCGUGCAGUAUACCUCUCACGUGUCAGCACCGAUGCCUUCAGUCAGUGCAUCACGGACAGCUUGGACGUGGCCUUGGAAGAGGUUGAGCACGCCAUGUUGGAUCCUCGGGUGGCGAAGUUUGGCCCCACGGUGACGAGCCGAGUCUUCCUUCACUUUCUGAGCGAAAUGGACUGCACGCUGGAGAGCGUGGAGCAACGCAUCUUCGAUACGAUCAGCAGCCAUUUGGGGCAUCGUGGAUCGGACGUGAUUAAGCUUUGCAUCGAUGAGAUCGAGAUCAAAGUGCAUCAUCGCACCGGUGGAGGAAGUGGACUGGAAAUCCUGCGAACUUCGUUGUCUUCCCUGCGUGGCUUGGAUGACGGCCCCAUUGAGGGUGGUGGCUUCUUGAAACCCAAGAUGCUGAGAGAGUUCCCCGAUCCCAUCACCGGCUUCCCACUGCGAUGGGAGGCUGCCAAAGAGGGUGCGGCUGUGGUGCAAACAGACCAUCCUCAUGUCGGGGUGGCGGACCAUGCCAUGCUCAGCAUGUACCAGGCGAAGCGAGUGGCGGCCCGACGGGCUGGCUCCACCUAUGCCUAUGACCUGCCGGGCAUGCUGCAGUUGGCCCUGACGAUGAAGUGGAUCGCAGCCACCGGCAGCUCGCCCAGGAGAACGAGCAGCUCCGCGGAGUUGGAGGUUCGCGGUGGUGGAGCGCGACGCCGCAGCCCCUCCCCCCGCUCCAUGAGAGGAGCGCCCACGGUGCCGUCUCAGGUGCCUGAGGCAAUGCCAAAGGAUAUCUUGUCCGUGGUGGAACUGGUCAUGGAUUGGUCCAAGAUGGAGUUGGUGGAGAUGGAGCGUGCUGAAGGCAGCAACGACGUAGGAAUGCUGGCCUGGAAACUGACCUUGAAGACCCCGGAGUACCCUGAAGGACGUGACCUGAUUCUCCUUGCCAAUGAUGUGACCUUCCAGGUGGCAAACAUGUGGCAGUCCUGGGUAAGGAUAAAGGAGAUGGAGGCGGCAAAACAGAGCCUUUUGGCAAAAGGAGGGACCCUUGGGGAUUGGACAGGCCUCAUCACCAAUGGCCUGCAGCCUGAAGACCUGGCUUGGGUUGAUGCUGCAACGCAUCCUGGAAAUGUCUUGGACUAUGCCCGACGCGUGAUGAACCGUGACGGCAUCAUGGAGUACGAGUGCUAUGACGCCAGAGGGCGAGCACAGGGCAAAGCCAUUAUAAGGCUGCUAGACUGGGAUGACUAUGCGUUGGGGACACUUAGAGGUGUCCACCUGAGAGCGUCCGAUCCCUACUAUGACUGGUAUGCCCAACAUGAACUGCAGGAGGGCAAAGGGAUAUAUCACCUGUGCGGGUCAAAGAGGUCCCAGUGCACGGCUCGCUUGGGCAGAGGCGACAGGCGGGAGAUGGUGCACUUGGAGCGGUGGCGCAUGACGAACCCCAUGGUCAUGAUGGAGCACGACUACUCCAAGGAAGUGGCACUCAUGGCGGUGAACAACUGGGUGUCCAAUUUUGCCGCAAAGGUGCCGGAGCCACCAAACCCUCCGGGGCCCCCGGGUGGGGCUAGGGGGGCUGAUCCAACGGGUUUGGACAAGGCACUUGCCGAAGCUGGUGAAGCUGAGGAGGAGGCUCAGGUGGAGAAAAGAAAGAAGAAUGAAGGAGGCCGGCCUGAGGUUCAUCCAAAGGGCUUAGUAGGGUUGAUGCUGGAGAGAAAGGCCGCAGAGAGGAGAGCUGCUCUGGCUGACAAGGAACGGCAGGAUCAGAGAAGGCGGCCUGACAGAGGGCGAAGCCGGAGCAGAGGACGCCGGCGAAGGAGGCGUAAGCGGUCUUCAAGCCCUGGUGAAAAGUGGCAUGAAAGAUCUGACUCAUCAGGGUCGUCACGAAGUUUUCGAGAGCCCUCUACCCGGGGGGAGGUCGAGAUGUGGCGGCAAAGCAGGAAAAACCCCGGGGCCCUUCUGAAGAAAGGGAUGGAGGAAAUGGCCCGCUAUUUAGCCGAGAGGGCACCCGGCGAAGAAGGCGGCACCGACACGUGGAUGAGCCAUCGAAUGAUGGCCUACGUCAGUCAAGUGGUGCUCACCCAGCAUCCUCCAGGGACCAUCGGGGUCCGCAAUCACAGGGAGCUGCGGACCUUAGGUCGAGCCAUCGACAUGCUCAUUCAGGGGCAGCUGGGGGAGCUGGGCGACCUUCUCAUGCAGAGACUGAAGGCGGUGGAAACCUCGCUGGUGGAUCAAGGAUGGCACUCGGCGAAACAUCAAGAGCUGAUCCCUCCCCAUGCAGCCAGUCUGACAACAGAAGCCGAGAGGCGUCGGACGGCUCGGAUGGAGAUCUCAGCAAACAAGCUGAAAGAGAUGACGCUGAAGGGGAGGUCAAGUCGGCCAGCGGCCCUGAGGGAGAGCGACCAUCGCCGGGUGGUUUUCAACGAGAAGCCACUGAUGAUCGGAGAGAAGAAUGCGGCCGAGAAGGAGAGCCCCAAGAGCGAGGGGAAGGCGAAAGGAAAAGGAAGGGGAGAAGAGGAGCGAGAGGAGCCCAACCCCCCCGAAGUCUUGACUGAUAAAGAGAGCUUCGAGACUGUGAACCCCGAGAAGGAGGCCGAGUCGAGUCUGGAGAUGUUCAAACGAUGGUUGGAGACUGAGGAGACUGGAGGACUGAGUGUGGCCCAGACAGGGGCGCUGCUGGCCCUCAGCGUAUGGCGCAGUGGUACGCCGUUAGGCAGCUACUUGCAUCAGGUUUUGCAGCCCGGGCCAGACGACGGUGAUUCAGGAAGGAGACAAAGGGGGAUUCUUCCUUUACCGCUUUUACCUGAUGCAAGAGCGGAGAUGGAGAAGCUUUUCAAUGAGGGCGAGUUUCGGCGACUUGCUGGAAGCUGGGGGGCCAAGAAGCAGAACAAAGAGAAAGCGGCAAAGCAGAUCCGUCGGAGUGGUAUGCUAUUGUGGCAUGGGCUGGUUGUGACCGGCAUCAAUGCCCUUUGGACCGGAGGUGGCAAUUCUGGAAAAGUUCAUCGAGGAGGACCUUCAAAGGCUCAGCAGAUGGCCCUGGAUAGGAUAUGGGAUGUGGUGCGCGAUUUCGUUGAUGACCGGUCGGAAACCCAAGAAAAAGUACCCAGGUCACCUACCCUGGGUGAGUGGGGAAAGAAGCUGGGUGACGUCCGGAUCUCAUAUCAGGGUGAGAUUGUUGAGAAAGCCCACCAGUUGACCCUGGCGCAGAUCUUGCCUGGGCUUCCUCCUCCAGGCUUCGGGGGUAGUGUCCCCUUGGUGGAGCUCUGCGAUGGGGAGUUGAGAGAAAAGCUUAUGAACCCUGAGGGCAAUGUGCUGAAGGAGGAGGAGAUGCCGGAAGACCUGCCGAAACCCAAGGUGCACGCCAGCCCAGAGCAGUGGCAACUGAUAGCCAAAGAACUUUAUACCCGUGGAUUGGUGGAACCAGUUGAAAGUCCUUUGGAAAUCAAAGGCAAGCCCAUCUGCAACGGCGCAUUCGGCGUGGUCAAGCCAGGCAAAUUCCUAGAGGACGAGCGCCCGAUCCUCCGACUCAUAAUGGAUUUCAGAGCGGUCAACGCUGCCACUCGGAUCCUUGAAGGAGACGUUCGGAAGUUGACCGGUGCCCCGGCACUGCAACAUAUCGUUCUCCCGAACAGCAGCGUACUGAGGGUCUCGGCAGAAGACCUUGUAGCUGCUUUUUAUUUGUUCGCAUUGCCCCCAGGAUGGUCACGGAUGAUGUGCUUCGGUGAGAAGGUGCCAUGGACAUCACUGGGCAUUAGCCGGCCGGGUUCAGUAUACCUGGGGGCUAGGGUAUUGCCCAUGGGCUGGGCCUCGGCGGUGGGUGUUCUUCAGCAUGCCCACCGACGAUUGGCCCUCAGAUCACCUUUGUCAGGGGGAGCCGGCCUCCUGGGGGCGUGUGAGAUCAGGCGGGACGCGGAAUUCCCAGACCUGGAACUGGAGCGAUCGAUGUGGUCGCUUUACUUGGAUGAUACGACGCUGGUUGAGAUCCUGGACAAACGCGUUGCCAAGGAGCUGGAAGGAAAACCCUCGGCUGAGCAGGAGCGCCUGAGAAGGGCUUACCAGCACUGGGGAAUUGCAGUGUCAAAGGAAAAGGCACUGGUAAGGAAUGAAGCGGCCGAAAAACUUGGGGCCGUGGUUGAUGGAGAAAAAGGGGUCUUGAAAGGAUCCACGAAACGUGCGCUGGAGAACCUCUCGUUGGGGUUUUGGCUGUUGCGCCAGGAACGAGUACCAAGAAAAGCCCUUCAGGUCUUUCUGGGAAAGGAGGUCCACACAAUGCAGUUCAGACGUCCUGUCUUUGGGGUAUUUGACUACCUCUGGAAGGAUGUGGCCCAGGGUUCCCCCAUGGUGGAACUAGGGCUGAAAUCAGUGGAAGAGGUAUUGCUCAGUGGACUUCUGCAACCGCUGAGAAGGACGGAUCUGAGGGCAAGGCUGCAUGAACUGGUGACAGCCUCGGACGCCAGCGAAACCGGUGGCGGAAUGGUGUAUGGGCACAAACUGUCCCAGCAAGGAUUGAAGGAGGUACUGGCCAUUAAAGAGGGCUGGGAGGAGCCUCCAGAAGAAGAGGUGAAUGUGGAUGGGCCUCAAGUGGUCCUGGCAAUUGAUUUCUUCGCUGGGAUAGGGGGACUUUCCCGUGCCCUUCAGUUGGCUGAUGUGAAAGUGGCCCACCUUUUGGUGGUGGAAAAUGACCCGGAUUGCAGGCGGCUAAACGCUGUACGGUGGCCAGGGUGCGAUCUGAUGAGCGACAUCCAGAAGGUCACCAAGAAGGAGCUGGAAAAGGCCAUUAGAGGAGUGCCUGGGUUGACAGGCGUGAUUGCAGGGGGCGGGUCCCCAUGCCAAGGCUUGUCGCAGCUCUCGGCCAACAGGAAACACCUCGAAGAUCCCAGGUCGAAGCUGUUUUACCGCCUGUGUGAGAUCUUUGGGUGGAUUGCUGAUAUAUGUGGUGAGAUGGAAGUCUGGAACCUGAACUUCCUUGAGAAUGUGGUUGGUGAUGAAGCUGAUGUGGAGGAAAUGACAGAGGAGCUGGGUGCGCCUCCACUUCGAGUUUGCUCGAGCGGGUUGUCUCGGGUUCGAAGGCCCCGGUUGUACUGGAGCAACGCUGACCUGGAGGACCAUUCGAGUUAUACGAAGGCGCACUAUGCACUCUGGGACGAGCUUUGCUUUGAGGAGGAGCUGGAGCCCAUGGAAUUCUUCUGUGAUGAGGGAUGGCUGUGGGCCGCUGGAAACCAGGAUGAAGAAAAGAGGCUGCCUACAUUUACGAGGGCCAUUCCUCGGAGCAGGCCCCCGGUGUGCCCGGCGGGAAUUGAUGGAUGCGACGAGGCCACCUUGAAAAGGUGGAAGGAGGACAAGAUGAAGUACCCUCCCUACACUUACAAAGAGGACUUCUUGUUUGAAUCAAAGAAGGACUCAAACAAGAAGCGGGUGGCCUCAGCGUCUGAAAGAGAAAGGCUGAUGGGUUACCCGACCGGGUACACGCUCGGGCUUUUCAAGAAAGAGCCUGGUUCCGAUUUUGAGAUGGAGCAACAGGAGGUAGCACGCUGUGCUGCCCUGGGCAACAGUUUCCACGCCGUGACAGUAGCAUGCCUGAUUGACCUGUGGCUGUGGUCAGCUGGAGUUCGCACUGAUCCAAUGGGUGCAAAGGCCAUUGUGGAGCGAUGGCAUAAGGAGAUGAGCGAAAAGGCAUUCAGCGACUUUGGAGGGCUGCUGCUGAAGGAGAAGCAGGCGAUGAGUUCGAGCCUGCAAGAACUUGAGUUGGAGGAGGAGGCGAUGAGCCAAGAUGGUGCGCCACGUAAUGCAGAGUGGUUGCGCAUGUGCGGGCAAGGCCAAGCAAAGGAUGGUCCAGACCCACUCAGUGUGAGGUUGAUCCAUCAGUACCUUCGACGAUGUGAGUUUCGAGGGUCAGACAUUCGCCUGGAUCUAGGCGUGGUAUAUCGGCCAGAUGCUGUCAAGAGGACGAGCAUUGACCCGCGGAGGUGGCUCUGGAGAACGGCUCAAGCCUAUCGCUGGAGCAAGCGAGAACAUAUCAACCUCCUUGAGCUCAGGGCCGUGCUGCGGACGCUUGAGUGGAGGAGCCGUAGCACGGCGUUUCACAGUUGCCGGUUCAUGCACCUGUCUGACUCGCAAAUCGUCCUGGCAGUGCUGACAAAGGGCCGGUCGUCGUCCCGCCGGAUCAAUCGAUUGCUGAGAAAAGUAGCAGAGAGGAAGAAAGAGAGGCAAAAGAUUGGACGGCUGGGAGACCAAAAGAUUUCACCUUGCACGCGAGAGCGUUACCACCACUCUCUCGAGGAAGUGGCCAAGUAUGUGAAUUUAAGUCCUCAGAUGCUGCUGAGGCAAGACAAUCUGGAUGACAUUUUGUCGUCCUUUGUAGAGAUGCUUUGGGAGGAUGGUGAAUCGCGUUCUCAAGGUAGCUAUGCUAUAGCUGCCAUCCAGCACUUCGCCCCUGAUGCAAAAGGGAGGCUUAAGAAUGCUUGGAAAUUGAUGGGGUUGUGGCAGAAAAUUGAACAGCCAAGGCGUGCCACUCCGUUAGACCCCUCCUUGUUGCUGGCGUUUGCUGGGGUGUUUUGGAAGUGGAAAUGGGAAGAUCUGGCCUGUCUGACCGUGGUUGGAUUCGCUGGACUCCUGCGGACGGGAGAGAUGUUUGCCUUGCAAAGAUCAGAUGUGGUCUUGGCGCGCAAAGCAAACCAGCCUUCCAUCAUAUUCCUCUAUGACACCAAAACUGCAAAGCGCAAUCUCCUCACUGCAGAGAAGGUGUUGAUCUACGAGCGGUGUGCUAAAGCAUGCCUCCACUUUCUCUGCAAGAAUAAAAAUGGCACAGAACGCCUUGUGGACACAGCGCCGGCAAAGUACCGUGCGGUGUGGAAGGAGGUCGUCGACCACUUAGGUCUGAAUUCAUUUCACUAUUUACCAUACUCUCUUAGAAGAGGAGGAGCUACGUCCGCCUACAAGGAAGGCAUGACUUUUGAACAGCUUCUCAUCAAAGGGAGGUGGCAGAAUGUUUCAACUGCUAGGUUGUAUUUGGACCAGGCUUUGCAGGAGUUGACUCGAAUCCAACUCCCUUCCACCGCUGUUGCUCGAGUCCGCGCAGCCAAGCUGUGCUUUAAGGCUGCCGGGCUGGGACGCGUGGAGGGGGAGGCUGGCUCCUUUGGAGUCCGCGAGGACCAGUUCUUCCAAAAGGCGUCCGAGCUGGCACGUGUGCUUGGCCUGCCCCGGAUCUAUGUCUCCUGCAACAGCGGUGCCCGAGUUGGCCUGGUGGAAGAAUUGAAGCCUCUCUACAAGGCGAAAACGCGGGUCAUUGUUCAGUGGAUCGAUCCCAAGGAUUGCGGCAAAGGCUUCGAGUACCUCUACCUCUUAAAGGCAGACUAUGAGAAGCUGCCCCCCGGCAGCGUGGAGGUGCACAAGAUCCAGCAGGGCGGCGAGGAACGUUACGUCCUGGAUGCCAUCAUCGGAGAGGGCAUGAAGAGUACCAAGGGCGGCAUUGGCGUUGAGAACCUCCAGGGCAGUGGCCUCAUUGCGGGCGAGACCAGCAGGGCAUACCAGGACACCUUCACCUUGUCCUACAUUACGGGGCGUUCCGUUGGCAUCGGUGCCUACCUGAACCGCUUGGGCCAGCGAAACAUUCAGAUGGCCUGGGAGCCCAAUCCUGUGGGGAUAGGCUUGGGGAACUGGUGA